AUGUUGCGUUUUAGCCAAACCUUGAGCGGUUUGAAAAGGGUCGGUCAAUUGAGAUUGCAAUCCAGCUUUACAAUCCCUAAAGUGCAAAAAGGUGUCAUCUUCAAUAAAUUUGGCGGUCCUUUACUAUAUAGAGAAGAUCUACCUGUUCCAACGCCUGCAAGCAAUGAAGUUUUAAUCAACGUGAAAUAUUCCGGAGUUUGCCAUACGGAUUUACAUACAUGGAAGGGUGAAAUCCCAUUCAAGACUAAAUUACCACUAGUUGGUGGUCAUGAAGGUGCUGGUGUUGUGGUCGCCAAAGGUAAAGAUGUGAAAACUUUUGAAAUUGGCGACCUUGCCGGUGUUAAACAGUUAGUCAGUUCAUGUAUGGGAUGUGAAUCAUGUGAAAUAGGCCACGAGUUUGGUUGUGAGCAAGCAGAGAUGUCUGGUUCCAGUCACGACGGUACAUUUCAACAAUACGUCGCUAUCGAUGCACUACAAGCCCCUCCACUACCGGCUAAUGUGGACUUGGCAGCUGUUGCGCCUAUAUUCUGUGCAGGUGUCUCCGUCUACAAAGCCCUGAAAAACGGUAACCUACAGACUAAUCAAUGGGUUGCUAUCUUUGGUGCAACAGGCGGUCUAGGUUCCAUUGCCGUUCAAUAUGCCAAGGCCAUGGGUUAUAGGGUGCUUGGUAUCGAUGGUCCUGGUGAAGAGAGAAAACAAUUAUUCCAUUCCCUUGGCGGUGAAGUGUUUUUAGAUUACACUCAAGUAGAUAAUAUUCCUGCUGCUGUCAAACAAGCUACCCAAGGUGGUGCUCACUGCGUCUUAAACGUCACUGCUUCUCUAGCCGCCUACGAUCAAACGAUUAAAUGUGUGAGACCAUUGGGAACUGUGGUCCCUGUUGGUGUACCACCAGAUAGUGGUCUGCUAAAGACAGAUAUCUUUACCAUAGUGCAGCAUGGGUUUUCCAUCAAAGGAUCUGCAUCUGGUAGCAGAGCAGACACCAGAGAAGCAGUAGAUUUCUUUACAAGGGGCCUCAUUAAGAGUCCAAUUAAGAUCUUAGGUUUAAGUGAAUUGCCUAAAGCGUUUGAACUGCUCGAGAGCGGUCAAACUACGGGCAGACUCGUCUUAGACACUUCUAAAUGA